UGCCCCCCUUACACGGAAGUCGAUUUUGAAGUUGCCACAAAAUAUGAAAACAAACCAAAACAUGUUAUUCAUUCAUUUUUUCGUCAGUGUUUAUAUCAUGUAAAGAUGGACAACGGUCUAGCUUUGCAGUAUGACCGCCUUCUUGGGGAAGGUUCUUAUGGCAAAGUGUUUUUGGUCAGGCAAGAAGACGGACAACAGUUUGCUGUCAAAGAGAUUGACUUGAAAAAAUGCGAUGAAAGUGGACGUGAACAAGCCCACGGUGAGGCGAAUAUCUUAUCACGAAUUAAACAAGAGAAUAUUCUGCUGUAUGUUGAGUCGGUCAUCUGUGACGAUUGCCUGUAUAUUGUCACAGAGUAUUGUGAAGGCGGUGACUUAGAAGAUUAUCUUCAGAUUGUCUCGAAGAAAGGUGCGAGUAUCCCAGAAUCUCUUGUCUCUGAAUGGAUCAUGCAGCUUGGUGGAGCUUUAAAGUACUUGCAUGACCAGAAGAUCCUACACAGGGACAUGAAGACAAAAAACAUUUUCUUGAAGGAUGAUUUGACAGUUAAAUUGGGAGAUCUGGGGAUAGCAAAAGUGUUAGACUUGAACCAGAGUAAGGCAGACACAUUUGUUGGUACACCAUCAUACAUGAGCCCAGAAUUAUUCUCUGGACAAUCUUAUAAUCAUAAGACGGAUAUUUGGGGUCUUGGUUGCUGUGUUUAUGAAAUGAUGACCUUGAAGCGUGCAUUUCAAGGUAAAGCAUUAUGGACGCUUAUCCGUGAAAUAAAAAAUGGCAAAGUGUUAAAUCUGCCGGACACAUAUAGUUUGGAGCUUCGUACCCUCGUACAGGAAAUGAUGUCACAGAAGCCCGAAGAUAGGCCCAGCUCCAAGGACAUUGUGCAGAAUGAUUUAUUAUCAUAUCAUACGGUACAUGUUAAUGAAGCCUUAAACUGUUGUAUGUCUUAAAUUGACUUGUCCA